AUGUCGGACUCUGCCCUCUCGCUUGCACAUCUGUACUGUGAGUUUGCCGACGUUGUCCUUCCAUCGACGGUCCACGACGGCCCCUACCGGGUGCGCAUCCAUACGAACGCGGCUCAAACCAGUGCGCUGAUCUGGCUCGAGUCCAAAACGACCAAGCAACAAUGGCAAUGCGUGAUCGAGGAUUUUGCAACGCACAUGGAAACGACGUAUGCGCUUCCGAAUGCCAUUCUCUUGGCCGCUAUCAAGAACGGACUCGCUACCGUGGACAGAACAUCGCCAAUGGCGUUCAGCGAUGUCGUGGCGACGCCAGCUAGCUCAAUUACUCUCGGUGCGAAGCACGGUGCCUUGACGCUGGGGAUUGCGGUCCAAAUCUUGCCCGAGUGGACAACGUCCUACAGCUUUGCGAUGACGCCGAAGAAAGUCGAUGUCGUCGACAUCUUGGAGGCUCGCAUCCGCGACCUUCAAGAAAUAAUCACCCGGCGACGUGUUGCGUUCUGCACCGUCACAUCGGUCACGAGCAGAUCGAGCGACCCAUGCGCGUGGACAGUAAAAGACGCAGAGCAGGCUGCGGCGCUCAUUCACCUCAAAGACGAUGACCAGAGCGUUGUCGUCCUCGAGUCUGGCGUGUACACCAUUCACUGUGUUGGUGAGGUGAGCGGGACAAUGUCCUCGUCGAUGUCCCUCGACAUCAAUUCGAUUCGCGCCCACAACACGUCGUUCACGAACAAUGUGAAUUCAAGCCAUAACCUCGCCAUCACCCAUGUGGCACAUCUGGAUGCGGGCGCGAGCAUCCGGCUUGGUGCUCUCGCUCAAUGGUACGCAAGCCCUGUGUCGAUGACGAUAUUCCUGCACGAACGUGACAACAUGUUCUAA